AUGGGAACUUGCACUUCAAAACCGUCCAAACCCAACCCUUAUGCUUCAACAGACGUCAAUCCUCCACCCCAAACCCCAGCACAAAAUGACCACCCUACCAUCCAAACUCGAACUCCAAAAACCCCACACAUUAAAGCUGUGCUCCGCAGGCAAAACAAGAAGAAGAAAAAUAGUGGGGCAGAACCAAAUGCCGAAGAGGAUGAUGAAAAUGAAGAAGCAGUGGAGUUGGAUAAAAGGUUUGGUUUUUCAAAAGAGUUAACUAGUAGAUUGGAAGUUGGAGACGAAGUGGGGAGAGGACAUUUUGGCUACACUUGUUCUGCUAAGUUGAAGAAAGGUGAAAGAAAAGGUCAGCAAGUUGCUGUUAAAAUCAUACCCAAAUCAAAGAUGACAACAGCUAUUGCAGUUGAGGAUGUCAGGAGGGAAGUCAGGAUAUUGAGGGAUUUGACAGGACAUAACAAUUUAGUACACUUCUAUGAUGCAUUUGAAGAUCUGGACAAUGUCUACAUAGUGAUGGAGCUAUGCGAAGGAGGGGAGCUCCUAGAUAGGAUACUUUCAAGGGGUGGGAAAUACUCAGAAGAUGAUGCGAAGGCCGUUAUGGUGCAGAUACUAAAUGUUGUUGCUUUUUGUCAUCUACAGGGUGUGGUGCACCGAGAUCUAAAACCAGAGAACUUUCUAUAUACUUCUAAGGAGGAGAACUCUCAGCUGAAAGUUAUAGACUUUGGCUUAUCAGAUUUUGCCAGACCAGAUGAAAGACUUAAUGACAUCGUGGGAAGUGCAUACUAUGUGGCACCUGAAGUUCUACAUAGAUCUUACAGCACUGAGGCUGAUGUAUGGAGCAUAGGUGUGAUAGCAUAUAUUCUUUUGUGUGGUAGUCGUCCAUUUUGGGCCCGGACCGAGUCUGGAAUUUUCCGGGCUGUCUUGAAAGCUGAUCCCAGUUUUGAUGAAGCACCUUGGCCCGCAUUAUCUCUAGAAGCAAAAGACUUUGUUAAACGCCUAUUAAACAAGGAUCCAAGGAAACGAAUUACUGCUGCCCAGGCUUUGAGUCAUCCUUGGAUCCGGGAUUAUAAUGAUGUAAAAGUACCUCUUGAUAUUUUAAUAUUCAAGCAUAUGAAGGCAUACAUGCGGUCAUCAUCUUUGCGUAAGGCUGCUUUAAGGGCAUUGUCUAAGACAUUGAAUGUGGACGAACUAUUUUAUCUGAAGGAGCAGUUUGCAUUGCUGGAGCCAAACAAAAGUAGCAGCAUAACCUUGGAAAACCUUAGGAUGGCCUUGACGAAAAAUGCAACAAACGCAAUGAAGGAUUCUCGCAUCCCUGAUUUUCUUGCCUCGCUAAAUCCACUUCAAUACAGAAGAAUGGAUUUUGAGGAAUUUUGUGCAGCUGCAUUGAAUGUCCAUCAGCUGGAGGCACUUGAUCAAUGGAAACAGCUAGCCCGUUCUGCAUAUGAGCUUUUUGAGAAGGAUGGAAACAGGGCGAUUGUAAUUGAGGAGCUUGCUUCAGAACUUGGGCUUGGCCCCUCCAUUCCAGUUCAUGCUGUUCUCAAUGACUGGAUAAGACAUACUGAUGGGAAGCUAAGCUUCCAUGGGUUUGUCAAGUUGUUGCAUGGUACAUCCAACCGAACCAUUGCAAAGGCACAGUGA